AUGACGCCUGUCUCAUUAGUUCCUUUACCAAUUUCUAAUUUAGAUAAUGGCACUUAUGAAUAUGAUAAGGAUUGCUUGCAAUAUAUUAAACAGCCAGAUAAACCAGAUGGUGACCAGUUUUAUAAAGCAGCCUUUUAUAAUAAUUCAUUUGAAAAUAAAUUGAUGUUUUCUACAAAGUCAAAUGGUGGAUUAAGAUCUUUAGGAUUUAUGAUUUAUUCAGACAAUAUUAAGGAUAAUGCCAGAGUAUAUGAAAUGAUUCCUAACUCAACUGUAAGUUUAAAUGAAUACGCUUUUGAUAGUCGAAAUACCUACAGGAUCAAAAUUAAAAGAAGAGUCAAAGAAAUUAUGAUGCCAAGUUGGAAAAAUUAUUUAGGAUUUCCUGUGCUUGAAAAAUUAUACUAUAUAACAUCAACAUCGGAAACACUUCCUAAUUUAAAUUUUACUGGAUUUUCAACACCGCUUGCAACAAUAAUUAUUGAGCCAGAAUCAUUCAUAACUCAAGUUGAAUCUGAUCAAAG